AGCCCGCAUACCUAGGAUCGGACGGUUCGAGUGACAUAAUAAUUGGCAAGCACAGUACUGCGGACCAUGCCUCAUCCCGGAUCGACAUUCCAUUCCAUCUCUGCCAUAUUCGACCAGUCUCGUUCCUUGGAAAGCCGAUAUGAUUCAAGUUGUCAAGGCGGGUUUCAAGCGUGGCCCUAGUCGCGGCAAGCCGAGGGUGUUCAUGCCAGCGUGAAGCUUAAGUUAGGCGAAACCCCUUCGCCCAAACCUCCAGCAUGUCCUUUCAGGAAGUGCGUACACCUCUGAGCCAUUUGAAUUCAUUCAAUGACUAUGAUGCUCUUCACGAGGUCAGGGAGGCAACGGAUUCCCCUACUCCACUCUCAGAACUUCUACAUGAUCCCCUUGCUCUCAAGUCCUUGAUAGGGCACAAGAAACCCAGACGGGCUUCUGAAAGUGCCAGUUCUCGCGAUCGCAGCAAAGACCGCCGAAAGGAUAAAGAGAAAGACUCGGAUACUACAAGUAUCCUGACUUUGGUACUUGCAGAGGAGGAGCGGCAAGCACAUCACCUCAAGGCAGUGUUGCGCAAUACCGGCGAAAGGCUUGAGAACGAGAUGCGUCGCGCAGACCAAGCGGAAAAGCGGGCGUUCACUGCAGAGAGCCAAGCUCGCGAGGUCAUGACACGUCUAUCUCGAGCUGAAUCAUCGCAACAUCAGGCAGAGCUUGAUGUUUCGCGUCUCAGAGAGGAACUCGCUAGAUAUCGUGUGCAGACGGAGACUUUGGAACGUGAUCUCAGGCGGGCUCAGAGUGAUGUCCAGAGGCUUGAGCGUGCCCGGAUUGAAGCAGAGCGUAACGCUUCUGAAGAGAAGGAAGCUGCAAUCCGGGCGCAACAUGCACUACGGGAGUGGAAAGCUAGAGAAGAAGGUAGGGAGGAGAGCCGAGAGCUUGAAUUGAUGAGGAGAUAUAACGAUGGGAGGGAUGAUGGGUUUGAAGAUGGUCGUGCUGAAGGAUACGAGCAAGGGCACGAUGAAGGGCUUGAAGAAGGCCACGAAGAGGGCUUUGCGGAAGGUCGACAGGAAGGGUACAAUGCAGGUCGACUUGCAGGAUUCGAAGAAGGGAAGAAUGUGGGAUGGAGCGAAGGGUUUCAAGAAGGGAUGGAGAGAGGUCGCAAAGAAGAGCGCGAGAACGCUCUCAGAGCUUUCGAUAAGUUCGUCGCCACUGAGUUUGAGAACAGGAGUGUUUCCAGCUAUUCUGAUGAGCGUACUCAAGAUUGGGUUGAUUCAAUCCGGCGAAGUAGAGCUCAGUCUCUGGAGAGAAGGUCACCUUACCUUGGCUCACGAGAGCCACAACCUGGAGCGAGGGAGCAUCCGCCCACGCCGAGAAGAGAGCUACCUCCCACGCCAGGGAGUAUGCAUGCCGUUGAUCAGCUCCCAGCAGGUACUGAGCAGUAUCAACGUCCUGAAAGAGAGUUCGAACAACGCUCAGCUAGAGCGACGUCUCCCAUGCGAUCGGAACGAGCGACUUCACCUGUUCCCAAUUGGUUAACCCGUCGGGUUAACACUGCUGGCCACUCAUCUCGCGCAAUGUCGCCCUUACCUCCACUUCCUCCGCUUCAAGGAUUUUCUUUCGUCUCGAUUGUGCGAACUAUUUUGUCCGUGCAGGUCACGUUUAGACUUCCUCAUGUUCGUUCGUCCUUCAUCAUUCGUUGGAUUUAGACAGCCAGAUUACAUAUUCGUGUAUGUAUGAAUCCCACUAUAUUGUGGGUGAGUAUCUCGAACCGUCUCCGUGGAAAGCCAAAUACUGCUUUCUUCGCGUCUUUCCCUCCACGUUCCGGUGUUCUCAAUG